AGAUGUUCACAGUUUCUCUUUCGAUUUCUUAAAGUCCUUCCAUUCUCAUUAGAAAACGGUACCGUAUCAACACUCAGUGUUACUAUAUAUUUAUUUCAUACUCUAUUCUAUUCUAUUCUAUCUCAUAAGUCAUAAACCUCAAGCUCAAUUUCCAUGGCGGAAUCUCCCAUAGUCUUCGUCAUCCUCAUUCUCGCAGGAUAUUCCUCCGCCAGAGACCUCCGUCCAGCAGAUCACGGUCUCAUCUUCCAGACACUAUCUCCAACGGGGACGCAUUCUUCGCCGGAGAUGAGAUCCUUCUUCAACAGUGACAAUUCAUCACCAACAGUGUCCUCUUCCUCCGAAGUAGCGAUGCCAAAGGCAUUUACCUCCGGUAACACAGCGCCUCCGUCGUGGUCGAGCGUCUCCGGCGAUGGUAGUAGUGACCGAGUUUGGAAUUCGCUGAAGGUAGCCAGUUUGGCAUGUGGAGUUGCUGGUGCGAUUCUGAUUUUGGUUUCAGGUUUGAUUUACGUGUUUAAGUAUAGAAAGCAGGAACAACAAAACGCAGCGUUUCGUGGUAACAACAGUAAAUUAGAAAAUGAGGAUCAUGAUAAUAACAAGUUGCAAUUAGUGGUACGCGACCCUUCGAGUUGAGCAUGUUUGUUGUUAUUCAUGCAAAGGGUAGUGGUUUAUUUAUUUAGACUAGAUUUUUAGUUAUUUAUGUUUUUUUAUUUUAUUAACUUACUAUUGUUUAUAGCAGUUUUUAGUAACUUAGUAUUGAAAUUUACAUUAAUUGUCACACUCAUUUCUCAAGUAACUUAAUAGCUAAAAUUUCAGCUCUAGAUAAA